AUGACAAUAACCAAAGCAGUCCGCAUCGUCGAGGUUGGACCCCGCGAUGGCCUCCAGAAUAUCAAAGAGCCUGUUCCAACAUCCGUGAAGCUCGAGUUAAUCCAGCGACUACGCGCGACGGGCCUGCGGACUAUUGAGUUGACAUCCGUGGUCUCGCCAAAGGCGAUCCCGCAGUUGGCGGACUGUCGCGAUGUACUGGGGAGCGAAUCAGUCAGACAAAUGCAACGUCAAACUGGCCUUCGGCUGCCUGUUCUCGUGCCCAACAUCAAAGGACUGGAUAUUGCGAUCGAGCAUGGAGUCAAGGAGGUUGCGGUGUUCGUCAGUGCGACGGAAGGGUUCAGUAAAGCCAAUAUCAACUGCACGGUACAGCAGGGAAUAGAGAGAGCAAAGGCCGUAGCGGAGAAAGCGAUUGAGUAUGGGAUUACCGUCCGAGGGUAUGUCUCUUGUAUUUUUUCUGACCCCUUCGAUGGACCUACUGAACCAUCGGCCGUGCUGCACUGCGUUCAAGAGUUGCUAGACAUGGGCUGCUACGAAGUCAGCCUAGGAGACACACUCGGUGUCGGGAGCCCCGACAAAGUCCGCAGUCUGCUCUACUACCUAGCCGACCACAACAUCCCGCUCGACAAAAUGGCGGGCCACUUCCAUGAUACCUACGGCCAGGCGGUCGCCAAUGUCUGGGAAGCGUACAACUGCGGCGUGCGCGUGUUCGAUAGCAGCGUGGGCGGUCUGGGCGGAUGCCCCUAUGCGCCAGGGGCCAAAGGGAACGUCGCCACGGAGGAUCUGGUGUACAUGUUUGAAACGGCAGGCAUCGAUACGGGUGUUGACCUGCUGAAGCUCGUCGAGACGGGAGUGUGGAUAUCUCAACGGCUGUCCAAGACUAACGCCAGUCGUGCUGGAACCGCGCUGGCUGUGAAGCAUGGCCUUGUCCCCUCCAGACGAUCGUCGUCCUCCCGAACAACCAGGAAAACGAUAUCUUGGACUCUGACCAAAGAUCCAAACGGCUUGUUAGCCUACUGCUCCAGCGUGAACAUCAUCGACCGAUCGGAAAGGGGCAGCGCGCAUACCUCCUCCUCGGGCUCAUUGAAGACAUCACAGCCGACCCCUCCGUCUGCCGACUCAUCAUCACAGGAACAGGACGGUCCUUCUGCACAGGCAUGGAUCUCAACAAGAACUGUACACCUGUAG